AUGUCACAAGAGGAUCAAGAAUUCAAUCAACAAGUUAAAGAACUGCAGCAGUUCUUUACCCUGCCGAGAUUCAACAAAACUGUUAGACCAUACACAGCAGCCCAAGUCGUCAGCAAGCGCGGUACUAUCGAUCAGCAAUACCCGUCAGAUCUGCUAGCAAAGAAACUAUGGAAAAUUUUAGAGCAUAAGGCCAGCACGGGCGGAACUAGCCAUACAUACGGUGCACUCGACCCUGUACAAGUCACUCAAAUGGCAAAGUACCUCGAGACUGUAUACGUAAGUGGCUGGCAAUCAUCCUCAACCGCGUCCUCGACGAACGAACCGGGUCCUGACCUUGCAGACUAUCCAUAUGACACUGUUCCUCGCAAGGUUGAGCAUCUCUUCCAAGCCCAGCUCUUCCACGACAGGAAGCAAAGACAUCAACGUUUGUCUCUUCCUGCAAACCAACGAGGCCCAGCAGUAGAUUAUCUGCGCCCAAUUGUAGCUGACGCAGACACUGGUCACGGUGGUCUCUCAGCCACGAUGAAACUCGCCAAGCUCUUUGUCGAGAAGGGCGCAGCGGGAAUUCACAUCGAAGAUCAAGCACCUGGUACCAAGAAAUGUGGCCAUAUGGCUGGAAAGGUUUUGGUUCCUAUCCAGGAGCAAAUUAAUCGCCUGAUUGCGAUUAGAUUCCAAUUCGAUAUAAUGGGCGUCACUAAUCUUAUCGUAUCUCGCACUGACUCUGAAGCUGCAACAUUGAUCACCACGAAUGUAGACGAGCGUGACCAUGCUUUCAUCCUCGGUGCGACUAACCCUAGUGUUGGUUCACUCGUCGAUGUUAUGCGUCAAGCUGAGCUCGCUGGUGCCACUGGCCCAGCUCUCGAGAAGAUAGAAUCUGAUUGGAUUGCGCAAGCAGGUUUGAAGAAAUACAGUGAAACACUCGCUGAUGCACUCCGUCAAAAUCAUGUCAAUGAAAACAGUAUCAAAAACUUUUUGAAGGAAGCCCACUUCAGUAGUCGCCAUAAAACACUUGAGCUUGCUCAUAAAACUGGUCUUCCAACUACGGUUAACGUUUUCUGGGAUUGGGACGCACCACGUGUUCGUGAGGGUUAUUACCGUUACCAGGGUGGCACGCAAUGUGCAGUCAACAGAGCUAUUGCAUUCGCACCAUACUGUGAUCUAAUCUGGAUGGAGACAAAAGAUCCUAAACUGGCCCAAGCGAAGGAAUUUGCCAGUGGUGUUAGAGCAGCUCAUCCAAAUCAAUGGCUUGCUUAUAACCUCUCGCCGUCCUUCAAUUGGGAUGCAGCAGGUCUGAGUCCGAAGGAUAUGCAAGCUUUCGUUUGGGAACUAGGUAAACUCGGUUUCGUAUGGCAGUUCAUCACACUCGCUGGUCUCCACUCGAAUGCUUACAUUUCAGACAACUUUGCCAAGCAUUUCGCGAAGGAAGGCAUGAAAGCUUACGUAGAGCAGAUACAAAGGAAGGAGCGUGAGAUUUCAUGUGAUGUUCUAACACAUCAGAAAUGGUCUGGUGCUGAAUAUAUUGAUGAUCUUCUUUCGACCAUACAAGGUGGUGUAUCUUCAACAGCUAGCAUGGGCAAAGGAAACACUGAAGCACAGUAA